AUGUCUUUAUUUUUUGCUGCAGAAUACAGUUGUGAAUAUGGCUCGCUCAAGUUUUACGCUCUCUGUGGCGUUGGUGGGGUCCUAAGUUGUGGCCUGACACACACUGCUGUUGUACCUCUGGAUUUAGUGAAAUGUCGUAUGCAGGUUGAUCCACAAAAAUACAAGAGCAUCUUCAAUGGAUUUUCAGUGACGGUCAAAGAAGAUGGCGUUCGUGGCUUGGCUAAGGGAUGGGCUCCCACCUUUAUUGGAUAUUCCAUGCAGGGGCUUUGUAAAUUUGGUUUCUAUGAAGUUUUCAAAAUCCUAUAUGGCAACAUGCUGGGAGAGGAAAAUGCGUAUUUGUGGCGUACUUCGCUAUAUUUAGCCGCAUCUGCCAGUGCGGAGUUUUUUGCUGACAUUGCUCUGGCUCCAAUGGAAGCUGCUAAAGUUCGUAUUCAAACACAGCCUGGAUACGCUAACACUCUGCGGCAGGCUGUGCCUAAAAUGUUUGCAGAAGAAGGCAUCUGGGCUUUCUAUAAAGGUGUUGCUCCACUAUGGAUGAGACAGAUUCCAUACACAAUGAUGAAAUUUGCCUGCUUUGAACGUACUGUUGAAGCUCUCUACAAGUACGUCGUUCCCAAGCCACGAAGUGAAUGUACAAAAGGAGAACAGCUGGUGGUCACAUUUGUUGCAGGCUAUAUCGCUGGUGUGUUCUGUGCAAUUGUUUCCCAUCCUGCUGACUCAGUGGUGUCUGUGUUGAACAAAGAAAAGGGCAGUUCUGCUUCACAGGUUCUUGUAAGGCUUGGAUUCAAAGGUGUAUGGAAAGGUCUGUUUGCUCGUAUCAUUAUGAUUGGUACCCUGACUGCACUACAGUGGUUCAUCUAUGAUUCUGUGAAAGUUUAUUUCAGACUUCCUCGUCCACCUCCACCUGAAAUGCCAGAAUCUCUGAAGAAGAAGCUUGGUCUAACUGAAUAAACAACUCAUGGACUGACUAUGCUGGCUGUCCCAGUGAUGAGUUUCAUUAAACUUUUAUAUAUUUGACUAUGUAGAAAACAAACAAUAUGAUGUUGUUGGCUGUGCCCUCAUCUCACAUGAGGGUUUAAAUUCUACCACUGUCAUUGCCUGAAAUAAAUGAGAAACAGAAUGCU